ACACACAGGCCACAGCCACGCGCAGAGAAAACAAACCAAACACAAACAGCGCCUCCCUCCCUCCCUCCCCAGUUCUCCUCUUCUUCAGGCCGGGCCAGAGAAACCGGAGGAGCGGAGCUGAAGCGGUUAUCGCAUCGUCUUCCUCCUCGUCAAACUCAGGAGUCGUUUUUUCCUUCUUUCAAGUGGAGUGAAUUGCACAAGAGUGUGAUCGAUGGGUGGCUUCGUCGAUCCCUUCAUCCCGUCGUCGGCAUGGCCUCAGGACAUGGUGUUUGCCGGCUCGUCCUCGUGGGCAGGCACCGGCGCCUCCUCUCUCGUCGGUUCCUCGGCGCAAGGCAUGGGGUUUUACCACCUCCAAAACGGCUCCUCCGAGACCGCGUUUCCUGCCGGUGGCACCGCGCUGCCGUCCGCGGAGCUGCACGAGCAGUUUCUGCUGCAGAGCGACGGCCUGGAUUUUGACGGCGCCGGCGCGCUGGGCACGAUCCUGCCGUGCCCCGUGUCGCUGACCGACAGCGCCCCGUUGAUCUGCAGCUCGAACGAGAGCAGCGGGAGCGAGCAGUCCGGCGCCGGCCUGCCUCAGUUCCUCAUGGGAGCAGAGCACCCGGCCGCGUGGCCUCCGGCCUGCCUCGGCUCCAUGGCGGGCGACGAAACCUCGACGCAGAGCUUUGGUUUCGGCGGCAUAUCCGACGAGGAUCUCCUGCUCGAGGCUGCUGCCUGCGCCCCAAACGGGACGAACAGAUUCCAGCAGCUCGGCGCCGUGCCCCCGGCGCAGCUGCAGCUACACGAUGAUGCUGAGUUCAGCAGCGGCAAGCUGCUGUCGUUCUCUCCUGGACAGCACGUUCGCCCCGGCAUCGACACUCUGCAUCAGAUGAACCAAAAUGACUUCAGCGGCGGCCUGCGCCAUCUGGACCUCUCCUCGCUGGUUCACGGCCCACAGCUUGCACCGUUCAAUCCCAAACUGGUUUCUGAAGACGCCGGCGCCAAGAUUAACGGUAAUGGGGUCGCCGGGAGCGGUGGUGGAGCUGCUCCAAAGCCUCGCGCCAGGGCUCGCCGGGGCCAGGCCACGGAUCCGCACAGCAUUGCCGAGAGGCUCCGUAGGGAGAAGAUCUCUGAUAGGAUGAAGAAUUUGCAGGAGCUGGUUCCAAACUCAAACAAGACGGACAAGGCGUCUAUGCUUGAGGAGAUCAUCGAGUACAUAAAGUUUCUUCAGUUACAGACCAAGGUUCUGAGCAUGAGCAGGCUGGGCGCGACCGAAGCCGUUGUUCCGCUUCUGAUGGAGUCUCAGGAUGAGACCUCUGGGCUUCUGCUGGGAUCCCCAAGAUCAAGAUCCCAACCGGACGAAGACAACGCGGCCUUCGAGCAGGAGGUGGCGCAGCUGAUGGAGAACAACAUGACGAUGGCGAUGCAGUACCUGCAGAGCAAGGGCCUCUGUCUCAUGCCCAUCGGCCUGGCGUCGGCGCUGUCGACCCAGAAGGGGACUGCUUCUGCCGCCAUCCGGCCGGAGACCACCCUCCAUGCACCAGGCGUCCCUACGGAGAUGAAGUUCAAGACGAUGUGAUGCAGGCUCCGCAGCCGGUGAUUAGAUCCAUAUAUUCGCCUAACAAUUUGCUUCUGCUGUUGUCGCUUUGCCAUCCAUGUUGGUCAAUCCAUUUCCUCCCUAAUCAUGUAGUUCUACACUUUGCCUCAAGAAAUCAGAGUCCAACGGCCAGUCC